ACAAAGGAAAUAAAAUACGAAAAAGAAAGAAAAAAAUCAAAGAAACGGGACUUCAAUGGAGAUUUGUCUGUGUGAGAAGGGGAGUUAGCGUUUCCUGAGACUUUUCUGUCGAGAACAUUUUCUUCUUUCCGUUUCAAGUAACGCGUUUGUCGUAGCAACCGAAACGGCACCAUCGCCUCAGGCGUCAACGGAGUUACAGGCGGCUGGUGGUGACAUCGCAGGCUGGGCCGUGUGCCCGACUGCAGAAACAAACACAAGCCCAGACUGCGAGACAGACACCCACGUCUCGUUUUUCCGUGACAAGCCCGUGUGCUCCGAGCAGCCGGGUGACGUAGCCUGUUGGGUUGUGGAGUGACGUGGUGAGUCUGUGUGUAGUGAUGUGUCUGGCUGCUUGCAUUUUGUUGACGGUCGGGCACGGAGCGAGGGGACACGGAGAAGAGGAGGGAGGAGAGGCGAGAGAGGUGGAUUUUUUUCACACACAAAAAAGAAGGUUACACGCGGGCGACCAGGAUUUACACACGCUUUAUACUUUGCUCUACAUCCGAACCAUCUGGUGCAUAUCGGAGAAGGUCAAUGCUGUCGGCGGUGCUUCAGUUGAACCUGACUGGAUCUAAGCGGAACUGAGACGAUACUGGAAUUCAAGGCUUGUGAUUAGUAUACAAGUGUGCAGUCCAUCACAAACAUGUAUGUAAAAGGAAAGAUGAUAAUCUACGAUCGCCGUGAAUGUUAAGGAGCACAUCCUUUCAGGAACAAAAAAUAAAGACACACGCCAACAACAACAACAACAACAAAAACUCAAAGGAAAGGCAUGGCUGGCACGCCGACCACUUUGAAACACACUUUAAAAGACGUGGCCUUACUCAAAGGAAGCAUGAAGCGGCUGUGCAGAGAGAGACUGGAAGACGCCCCUAUUAAAAAGAGGGUGGUGGCAGAAAUACAUCUGAAACGCCGGACUCUGGAAGGAGUCCCCAGAAUGCCAAAAGUCAAGCAGGAACACAUGGAGGACCCCGGGGAAGCAGCUGUCUGCGAGAGGGAGAGACAGGGCAGGCAGCUGCCCGUUCCACCAUCAAAGGCCCUGGACCUCAGUCCGGGCCUCAAGCACACGCUGGCCCAGUUCCACCUCAGCAGCCAGAGCUCCCUGGGUGGGCCAGCUGCGUUUUCUGCACGCAACCCCCAGGAGUCGCCCAGUGUCUUUGUCCCCCUUCCUUCUCCGCCAGCGUUGCCUGGCCCGCUCCUGAUCCCCUGUGACAGUUCCACCGAGCUCACUCACUCUCUGCUGGAGGGCGAGUCCAUCUCUUGCUUCGUGGUGGGCGGCGAGAAGAGGCUGUGUCUCCCGCAGGUGCUCAAUUCCGUCCUGCGGGACUUCUCCCUCCAGCAGAUCAACCUGGUCUGCGACGAGCUGUACAUCUACUGCUCCCGCUGCAACGCCGACCAGCUGCACAUCCUGAAGGUGCUGGGCAUCCUGCCUUUCAACGCGCCCUCCUGCGGCCUGAUCACGCUGACGGACGCCCAGAGACUGUGCAACGCCCUGUUGCGCCCCGGCGCGCCCCUGCAGGGCUCCUGCAAGCUGGGGGGCAAGGCCCUGCCGGAGGAGGGCGAGGGCAGCUUCGCGGUGGAGCACGAGUGCCUGGGGAAGUGCCGGGGCCUGUUUGUGCCGCGGUUCUACACUCAGCCCGACGCGCCGUGCAUCCAGUGCGCCGAGUGCCAGCUGAUGUUCUCGCCGCAGAAGUUUGUGAUGCAUUCCCACAAGUCCCCCGACAAGAGGACCUGCCACUGGGGCUUUGACGCCGCCAAGUGGCCCUGCUACCUCCAGCUCGGGAGGAGGUACUGCGAGACGCCCAAGGAGGGCCAGCUCAAGCAGCUGCUGGAGGAGAUGAAGGAGAAGUUCCACGGCCAGCCGAAAAAAGCUCUGGAGAAGAAGGACCCAUCUGCAGAUCUUCCAGUGAAGAGGCCGGGCUCAGAUCACUGCACCCUGCAGGGCAAAUUGUCUGACAGUAGCCCUGUCAGAAAGGCGAAAUCCCAUCCAGCCAUUGUCUUUAAUCACCUGUAUCCAGACAUCAAAGAAGACCCUGACAAUGCAGCUGUCAUUCACCCAAGCUACUACCUGUAUAUGUACGAUAAAGUAGUGGCCCCCAAUGUCUCCCUCCCUCACUCGCUGACGCAUGGCCGGGAGUCUGGCAAGGCAUUUGGGAAAGAUCAGGAGGAGAGUCAUGACGCGCCAGCGACCCUGCUGAGCCAUCAUUACACCGAGACGCAAAGGAGGACCCACUUAUCGGAAGAAGAAAUGCCACUGGGGACAGCUAGCAGAUCACAUGCAGCUACAGAGCUUCGCACUACAAGCUGUUCUGCAGAUGAAGUGAAAUCCAAGCAUGUCAGUGAGCAUGGCCCCUUGGCUGUUGCCAUGGAAACAGACCGGCGCGAGAACGCCUACAUGCCUUUCAUUAAGGACAUGAGCUUGGAGGAUGACAAGGACAAAAUUGUGGUGGAAAUUGUGCAAAUGUACACUAAACAGCAAGAGAAGCUCAAUGCCACAUUGCAGAAGCAAACGCAGCUACAAAUGGAGCUGCGGGCCCUGCAGGGAGGCGAGGCGGCCAGGCUCCGGGAGCUGUCCGCGGAGCGCUGCGAGCUGCAGAGCGAGCUGGAGGCGGUGCACAGCGAGCACGCCCGGAGGCUGGGCGAGGUGAGGCAGGAGCAGAGGGAGCUGGAGCAGAGGCUGGAGCAGCUGAGGCAGCAGAGCUGCAGCUGUGGGCCCAGCGGCGAGGGGGAGCAGGAGGCCUGUUACACAACCCAGCUGUCAGAGCUGCGGCAGAGGCUGGAUCAGGCGGAAGCCGACCGGCAGGAGCUGCAGGAAGAGCUGCAAAGAGAGAGGGAGGCUCGGGAGAAGCUGGAGCGCAUGAUCUCGGAGCUGAAGCAGCAGAUAUCCGAGUCUGGCGCUGCGGGGAGCCCCCCUUCCUCUGUCUCCAAGGACACUGAGGCUCACCCAGACGGGAGCGAGGUAACCCCCGCUGACAACUAGACACGGCCCGCUGGGAGAGACAGGAAACCGACUUCAAAAACACAAAUUCGGACUAAAAAAGGAACCUUCGGGAGGUUUUUUUUUUUAAUGUGAAUGCGGAACUGCUCUGAGAAGCUUAAAAGGUUGUUUUUUUUUUUAGAUUUGUUUUGCUUGUUGUUAUUUAAUAUAUAUUGUUACCAGCGUUCAUAUUUUUCAAGCAGAGUGAGGGAUGAUUUUUUUUUUAAAUAUCUUGACAGUAUUUAAACUUUUUUUUUCUAAAAAAAAAUGUUUUUAAUUUAAAAAGUUUUUACUCCAAGGCUGCUUGAGGCUCCUAAAACAGCACAGACUGGGUUUCCUUCCUCAGACGAACGGUCUCUGGGUGCUUACUGUACCUACAAGUGGCUGCUUGACCUGCCCUGCCUGUUUUUGAAACGGUGAACUGAGAAUCUGUAUAUGAAACUGUGAAUGUGUGUAUGGCACAUGAAAAAGACCAACUACCCCAGACGACAUUGUCACUUCAUCUUCUACAUGGUUAACUAAAUGGACUGAUUGAAAAGUUACAGAUGCAUUUUACCAGUUGUCCAAUUUAUACUACCUGCCAUACUGAGCCAUAGAAUAAGCAGUGGUGCAGGGUUGCAGAUUUCUCCUGAAACGUACCAUCAAGACAUUGCUGAACCUCAUCAGAAACUGUGAAGCAUGGACAGGUUUUUUUUACUAUAGAUGUAAAACAAAUUAUGUAUGUAUAUAUCAUAAAACAUAAAGACAUUCUUGUGCAGAGAGCAUUUCUAUUGAUCAUAACCUCUAGUAACACAGAUACACAAAAGGCUGCAAUGCCGAUUCCUUUCAGGCUCACUGACUUCUUUGCAUUAAACACCUCUGAUUUUUUUCAUACCUACAAAGUUCAAUCUAAAUAAGAAAUCUGGUAUAUAUAUAUUUUUUUGCCUCUCAGUUACCAGGAACUCAAACUCUUAGCAUGUUACAGCUGCUAGCAUUUCUGUCUUGGAUCAAGGCUAAUAAAUCUAUUCAUGCAUUUGCUUUAAAAAUAGACACAACAACAUAGUUUGAGACCCAUAAUAUAAUAUCAAUGCACUGUAGGGCUGUGUGCCAAAGAAGGUAUAAUCGCUUGCCUAUCUCAUCUGGACGCUGAUGUACACAAAAAAGUGAGUUGGUUCAUCACAGCAUUACUCUUGUGUAAAAUGCAGAAGAAUAAUUAUUAAAAUAAAUACAAUUUCACAACAUGUGAAAGCAAACCAUUUACUGGAGCAUGUGUAAAUUGUGGGGUUCCAUUGCGGUGGUGUUAUCUUAGUAAUGCAGAGCAGAGGAUUUGAAUACAGUAGUGUUACAGAAGCUGAGAAGCAUGAAUUGAUUCUGUACAAAACUAAAUUAAAUAACAAAGUAGGCUUAGCAUGUCAUUUCCUCCUCCUUUUUUUCCCCAAACACCAGCCCUCUCUUAUCUGUUGAAAAUGAAUUAUCGCUGUGCAUGUAUUGAGAGUACGGUGAAAUCUGAGGGGUUUUACAGAGGGGUAUAGGCUGUUUGAAUUUCCUAAAGUUUGCAAAGCAUGAAAUUGCUUUUCACACAGUUCUGGUGGACAGGUGUGCUCAUGAGAUUGGGUUAGGCAGGGGGUGUGUUGGUGGGCUGAUUUCAUAAGAAAUAGGACAUCAAAAUAAGUUUCAAAAUAAGCGCUGCUGGUCAGUGUACUGGGACAAUGAGAGUACAUUUGCAAUUGAGACUCCCAAAUGAUCAGUUACUGGCCAUCAGGUUUACUCUGCUUAACUUUGGAUAAGAACGUUAAUUUUCACAUUUAAAAGGUGAUCAGUAAACUUUAAGGUACUGUCAGUUAACUGGUAUCAUCUUUAUGUGAAAGUUUGCUAGCUGGUUUUUAAAGAUCCAUUAUGCUACUGCAUAUAGUUUGAAUAAAGUCUAGCAAAUCACUCAGUUGUGGGUUAAUUAUGUAUACAGGGAGCAGGGCACUUUCUAAGCCAAAUUGAUAGAAUGAUUUAUUGGACUUUUAGCUGCUAUUUGAAAAUGUAAGUCUAUUUAACACCUUUUAUUUUUCGUUUUGUCUUAAAAUUUAGGUCACAAGUGAAAUGGGUUCUGUCCUCACUUAGAGUUAUUCUGCUUCAGUAAACAAGCAGCACAGUUAGAAAAGCCAGAACUGGUGCCUUGCUCUGAUUGAGGGGAGCCCCGAGUUCCUUUGUGGCAGCAGAAUGCUGGGGAUACUUUUUUCCCACAGUCUGUCUGCUCAGGGGAUUGAGUUUAAGAUCCCAGUGCUACUCACCCAUCUUCUUCCACCCAAUUUUGUUUUUCAUGAGCUGAUAUGCAUAACCCUGGAGAGGGUCGUGAGACGGUUUUAGCCGAAGGAUUUGCAGAGCCUUUCCUUUGCUUCACCGGACUAGUGAUUUUCUAACUUCAAAUGAAGGGAAGAUCUAAUUGAAGCGUAUACAUAUUUUUAUAUCACAUUCUCAUUCAGCUGUUGAAAUAUCUGCCUCAUUUCAAAAUGAUCUUGGAUAUGCAUCUGCAAUAAAUGAUAGAACAGCAUACAUUCCCUUAUUCUUCAGUUGAUUAAAUUUAGAAAACUUUAUAGAAAAUCUUGAUGUUACAAAUAUAUAUAUAUUUUUUCUUUUCACAGUAUAUUAAAUUAUGUCUCAAACACUAGACACCAGUUGUUCAUUUUUACUAGGAGACAUUAACUCCAUUACCAUUUCACAAAUUAAAAUGUUCUGUAGAUCCAAUAGUUAAUUUGCAGUGCAUGCUGUGCUAUAGCUGCAUAUAUAAAAUGUUUUUAAUUAUAUCAUGACAUAUUUAAUGUAUUAACUAAUAAAGAUUUAUAUUAACUUUGUACAUACAGUAGUUAUUAAUAUAUUAGCUCUAUUAGUGCAAAUAAUCUUCAGAAGGUUAUAUAGAUAGAACCAGCAAAGAUGUGGGAAAAGAAUGCCCACAGAUUACAAGUUUUCAUAAAACAAAAAUGGUUUUAUAUAAGAUUUUUUAAAAACAUGUCAAGGCUUGUUUUGUGUAGCGAGAGUGGAUGAUGUUCUUCUCAGAGCUAAGCUUAUGAUACAAAGCUGAUAGAAAAUGAAUUGUGUUUUGCUACUUCUUAACAACAAAUUUAUUAUGUAUUGUUGAGGGUCCCCUAAAUAUUUCAAAUUGUUCAGAUGUGAAAUGCAAGGUGCAUGUGAAAUUCUGUCUUGAAAUACUUCGGAUACAAUUUUUUUUUAAUGCAUCCCACAGGAAUAUAAUUUUGUUUACUUGUGUUUCUGUUUAACUUCAAAUGGUGAGAAAAUAACUUGUGUUCCAGUGUGCUAUCCAGCUUUCUAACAAAAGCUGGGUAACGCACAUUGUGUAUUUGGGGAAAUACAAAAUGGAUAAACAAUGAAGAAUAACAUUUAAAAAAUACAAGGCACAAACAUUUUCAGAAAUGUCUCUUGAAGCUUAAGCCAAGUUCCUGAUGUCUUCUGGCAGUAUGAUUCGAAUCGGCAUGAAACAGUUCAGUCUUUGCUCACUUAGUCGAAAUGAGCAGGUGAAGUUUGUGAGUGUUUUUUGUAAAUUUUGACAUGAUUUCACAAUUACUGUUUUUUAAAAAGCCUUCACGUCCAUUGGCAAUUUUACUAAAGCAUUUCCGAAUUAAUCCUCCCAUGUGGAAUUUAAACUUUAAAUAGCCUACUUUUUUGCGUGGACGGACAGUACCUUUAUCAGUGUAUACUAUAACAGCACUGGUCUGCCACUCCUUUACUCUCGUUAGAGUGUGCUGGAGGGGUCAAUCCUACAACAAAUCAUGCUUUUCUUUCCUCAAAGCACUUCCUGGGUGUCCAGUUGACAUUUAGUGGCUUGAAAUCUCACACGUUCAUUUGGACUCUGGUGGAUUGCACAAGCUGGAAACAUGGCAAUAUAUAUACAACAAGAGACAUUCUCAGAUAGGUUUUGUGCUCUUGUGAAUUGAUUUGUUGACUGUCUGCUGGGUUUGUUUUGUCAGGUAACUUGAAUCAUUGUCUAAGAAGACAGGCCACUAAUCCUUUCACGUUUAAUUAGCCCAAAAUGAAAAACUCUGGUAAGUGUAAAUGGUGUAAAUCACCCUUGAGAGACAUCUCCAGAUAACAGAAUUAUAAUAAAUGACUUAUAUUCCUGUUGAUGUUUACAGCACCAUAGGUAGAAUCAGUAUUAUGUUAAAAUCUAGUCACAAUUACCUCUGCAGAAGCUGACAAUAUCAUAUUUUGGGUUUUUUUUUCUUUUCACUUUGUCGACUCGUUGGUUUUUCCGUCUCCGCUUUGGCUUUUACGCAUUGUUCAAGUACUCUGGAUGAAUCGUGCAAAUCGCCUUUUGUACACGAGGGGGCGCCCCAGGCUUACCUACAAACUUUGUGACGGUCGUUGGUCUUUUGACGCGCAGUUUUUAAUAAAGCAGAACUGGAGACUAGAGAGCUCUAUUGCUUUGGAAUAACUGCUGCCUAACAAGUAAAGCACAGGUCCUUCAGCAGCAGUGUUAAGAAAAUAUAGAUGUGAUGUUGUAUAUCUGCAAAUGUGUGAUACAUCUAUAUUGCUACAGUUGCUCCAGAUGAGGCCUUAAUCAAUAAGCAGAGUUUUAACUCGGGGGGGAGUGUUCUUUAAUUAUUGCAGUCAAUUCACAAACAUUGAAUUAAUAUUUAAAAGUCACAUAAGUAAAACUACAAUUUAACUAUCACAAUAGUGCUGAUUAAAUUUACUUCUCUCCUUAAGGUGCCCAUUAACUACUAAGUGGAUCUCUGAAAUGUUUUUAAAAUGUUUGCAUUAAAUUUAUCUCGGGUUGUUUUUCAAGCAGCUAAUAAUGUUUCUGGCUAUACAAAUGUCUCCUACUGUAUAUGAGCAAGAAACGUUUUCCAUUUGAAUAUUUUUCUAUUGGUUAAGCUUUUAAAAUGAAAUAGUUUAUUUCUAUAAAGGUCACCAAACCAUUGAAUCAGUUAUAGAUUAUCUCCAAGGAUUUGAAGUUUUAUUGUUUGGAUCGAUAAAACUCUGCUUAUGAAUAUCAGGCUGGAUGGCUUUAUUAACUACAAGAAAACCUAAAAAGUAAAAUCUAAAGGUAAAAAAUGUUAACUCAUUAUGGCUUUGUAAACCUUUAAAAUGUUUUUUAAUUGCUGUCAAAACACAAAGCAAAACAGUGUCUAUACAAUCAUUGCAUAUGAUGUUACUGUGUUGCCAAUAUUAUACAGUGUGAUGAAACAAUUGUUCUUGCAUUGCAUGAAACAAGACACUGUCCUCCUACCUCAUGUUGUGAUAAAACAAUUUUUUAAACAAAUGACACUGCAUCUCUCUUUACCGUUCUUCAUGAUCGAUAUUUACUAGAAGUACAUAUAUGCUUUUAGCUAAUACCUCAGUUGUAUUUUGUGUUUUGUGUGUGUUUUCCAACUCCAGAUCUUGUAAAUACCCUGUAUAGACAAUGAACUUGGAUCAAAUUCAAGUAAAGUUCUGUAGUGUCAAAUCA